AUGGCUGUUUUGUGGCUUGCAAGUGUUAGUUUGCUGAUUUGCCCCUCUCUGAGCUGCUAUAUCUGCUUUAUCAAGCCGCAAGUCAGCGCUCGGCUGUGCUCGGGUUACGUUGUGGGAGAAACUAACGUCAACAGCGUGGACGAAUGCUUCAGGAUGCUGGACCGCAUAUUCAAUACGAAUAAGAAAGUGACAGAGGCUGGAAGAGCGGCUGGAGGUUCAGAAGGCAAGCUGAAGGAGAUCCUAGAAGCAGAGAUCUUACCCAUAGUGACAGAGUUUCAGGCAAAGCGGAUUAUGGACACUGUGUAUGAAAGCAGGUUGCAGAAAGCAGCAGACAAUUUCAUUGCAGCUGCCUCCAAACUGCCUAGAGAUGAUAAGUGUAUACCUCCAUGUGGUUUUCAGAAUAUAGAUGCGGCGUACAACUGCGACACCUGCCAGUACGACUCCUGCUUAUUCCCACUUGACUGUCCAGUUGAAGAAAUUGAAGUAAUGGAGAAUGGAGGAAUCCAAAUGCUGUGCAACGUGCCAUUUGACGUACCAACUGAUAUUGAGGUGAUGUGGAGGUUUGCGGAGGAGUUCAGGACGCAGGAAACGGAGCAGUUUAAGGAAGUGACUGCAGGACCCGACAGGCUUUACUCCAUUUCAUCAACCAGCUCUCAGCAUAAGGGCACCUACCAGUGUGAGAUUUUCUCAGGCACUCGAUCCAUUGUCAGGCUUUACUUCUACGUCACAGUGACCCCCCGGCCUGUGGCAGGCCACACAGCGCUGCAGGAGAUAUUUGACCUGUCUCUGCUCCCAAGAGGGCAGUUACUCACUGCGCCUGGUGCUGCUCCUCACUUCUUCCUCCACCUCCUCCUGCUUCUUCUCACCACCUGUUUAGCCUCUUCACUGCUGCUGCUGUUCAUCUCCCUGGGGUUCCUGUACUGGUUGUCAGUAUCGGAGGUAGACCAUCCUGUAGCAGAUUCGGAUGAAGAAGAUUAUUUUGGUGUUUCAUUGUUAGCAGUAUGAAAAAGAGCAACUUGUAUUAAAAAUGUACAUAAAGUACUGGAUAUUCUGAGGUAUUAUGUCAUACUUAGAUGUAAAUGUGUGUGUAACUCUUCUCACCACUAGAGGUCAGGAUACACAUUUUUAUUAGAAUAAUUGACAAUGACUUUCUGUAUGCAUACAGCAUUAAAACAAGUUGUUUUAAUCAAAGUACAACAAAUUUUAGAGUAUAACAUAAGAUGUGUCUUUGUGAAAGUAUAGCUCAGUUUAUGCAUCUACUUACAUAAUUAAAAUAUUGACAAAAUGGUAGGUUUACCUGGAUUAAAUCUUAAAACUUUUGCUUGCUCCCCUAUCAUGUGCAGUGACACACCAGUGUAAAAAUCUGGUUGAUUACGUCUUUAAUGGCCUUGUUUAUUUCUGUUCAUUUCAUUUUUCCCCUAUUUUGACAUAUUCCAACUAUAAUAAGCUUUAUUGCAAUGCAUGUGAAAGAAAACAAAGCAGAACAAACUUGUGGAAUAGAAGGAACAUGGUACAUAAGUUUCAAACUCACUCAAAAAGUAUAGAGGCCAUUCGAAUUCAACUUC